GGAAAUCUGAUAGGUGUCUGAUAGACAUGGAGUGUUGUUUGUUAAUAGAAGCAAAGUUAAUGGGUUAACAAUCGUUUUUGUGUAGAGUGCAGCAAAGGAACUUCCCUUCCAGAAGCCAAAUAACAGAACUGAAAAUACUUUGUGAUUUCACUAAGUGGAGCAGAAUCACAGUGAUGAAAAUGUAUUCCAAGGUUUUCAUUUUUCUUACCGGAGCUGUGUACAUCUACUACCAGGUCCUUGCACAAGAUAUGUACAGCGCUGAGAUAAUGGUGGAGAGUAAUGUCACACUGGAUGCCCAGACUGUCCUGUCAGCUAUCAAUUCAACAAACCUCUCACUGACGAGCGGACAAACAGUACAAAUCGUAAACACUGAACUGGUAGCAGAGUGCCUCAUUGUUGGAACUGACACCAACUGCAACUGCUCUACAAAUUAUCUUUGGAGCAAUGAAGUGUGCUACAACUACAACUGUUGCAGGGAUGCUACUUGCACACAAAAUGUAUCCUACAUCACACCCCUCUGUUCUCCUAAAGUUCAAGUUUUCAUCAAUGGAUCAGUACAGACUACAGCAUGGGAUCAAACCAAAAACACAACGCUUCAAAUUCAAUUUCAACAACUGAAUGCUAUUCAGUAUGUGAACGUUACUGGUCCAAGAACCAUCUCCACUCCAUCAUCCACUCAAUUCAUUGCUGACUUUCAGGUAGCCGUCAGUGUCAGAGUGCCAACUGAUAAACUUCAAGGAAUAGUCACUAAUCUUGAAAAGCAACUUUCAGCUAUUAUACUUGUGGACACUCUAGGAAUGGUCAUUGUAGAGGCCCCAGGGACUACAGUUUGCUAUCAGUCCACGCCACAACUUGCAUGCAAACUUGAGGAGGCCACAGGCAGCGCAGGCUGGAAUAUGACCACACAGAAUCAGCGCUUUGAGCUCAACAGUGGCAGUGUGGUCCAGCUGAAUCAGACAUGUGCCACAUCUAUCUACCAAUCUUGUAUUGGUGUUACACUCAAUGGGGUGACAGGCAUUUGGGAAGGCACAUAUGAGUGUGGAUUUACGAUUGGUUCAAUCAGGCACACAGGCAGGACUUAUCUGAGUGUGGCCCUCCUGCCUGAUACAAUUACCCUGAGUACCAUGCCUCUUACUAUGAACUGUUCAAAGGGUCAGCCAAGUGUAAGCCUCACUGCCAGUGCCAUAAUCCCAGCAAGCGGUAAGACCUAUGACAUUUCGUGGAGCUACAAUGGUUCGGCAACAAACUAUAAAGCCGUACAAAACACAACUUUAGAGGGUUACGUCAACUACACGUUCAGUCCUACCAUCCCCUGCACAAAAGGAAGUGGAGUUUAUGUUAACAUCACUUUUAAAAAUGAUGUGAAUCAAAUGAAAAGUGCACAAAUAAACAUCCCAGCUAUCUAUGAUGGUGUCAUAGUUUGUAAACAGAUCACACUUAAUGAAGAUACAUGGCCAGAAACCCCAGCUGGAGAAACAGUGAUUAUUCGAAAAUGCCCACUGGGAAGGGUUGGCUAUAAGUCCCGGACUUGUAUCGGCCCUGCUUGGCAGGACGUGUUCUACAGCUGUGUCAGUGAAGAAUUGGACAAAGUUUCAAAUGCAGCUCAAGCCUUCCUGAAGGGACUAGGGGCUACCCCAGAGGUGGCCAAGGAUAUAUUUGAAGGGCUAAAAAACAGCUCUGCUUUAGGUUCUGGAUCCAGCAACGAUAUAGCCGACGUUAGCGCCUCGAUUGAUGUUCUAAAUAUGAUGGCCAAGGCAUCAAAAACAACUGUGUUGCAAGACGAUAUCUUUCCUGAUUUUGUUAGUGCAGCAAGCAAUAUGUUGAAUGGCACCUGGAGUGGGGUAAAUGACACAGUUCGUUAUAACAUGUCAUCAAACUACCUAAAUUCUGUGGAAGGUCUAGUGAAGAACAUUCAGGUCAACCAGAGCAACGGAGUCAACAGUACAAAUCUAGACCUUACAUUCUGUCGAAGCAAUAACUGUAAUGUGUCUGUGUUUGACAUUGGUGUGAAUAUGAACAAGACCAACGGAAUACUGAAAACUGUAGCUGUGAAAAAUCUAAUGAGUAAAUUAAAUAACAGCUUUAAUGGCACACAACCUAAACCUACCGACCUCAUAUUAUCAGCCACACUGGACAAUAAAAGUGAUUCAACUAUACGAAUUAGACUGGACUUCCCCAGUGGGAAAACCAACCCCACUCAACCUCACUGUGUCUUCUGGAACACCACAGGGAAUAAAUGGUCAGAUGAAGGAUGCAAUAUCAGCAUUUCUGAUGAAAACCACACAAUAUGUGAGUGCAACCACCUAACUGCAUUCUCUGUCCUAAUGUCCAAGGGUGAUGGAGGAAAAAAAGAUCCUAUCCUUGAACUUAUUUCAAAUAUUGGCCUUGGUGUGUCCAUUUGCUCCUUGGUGAUCUUUCUCAUCAUUGAAUCUCUUGUGUGGUCAGCUGUGGUCAAGACUAACCUUUCUCAUUUUCGGCACACAGCUAUAGUGAACAUUGCCACAUUCCUCUUGCUCGCAAAUUGCAGUUUCUUGGCUUCUAGCAAUCCCGAGACUCUAAGUGACAGCUGGUGUCUAGUUCUGACCAUAUGCAAACACCUGUUUUACUUGGCUAUGUUCUGCUGGAUGCUGUGCCUGAGCAUCAUGCUUGUCCACCAGCUCAUCUUUGUCUUCAGCCCACUGAGGAAAAGAGUUUUCAUGUUCCUCUCCAGCAUUUUAGGGUAUGUUUGCCCAAUCCUAAUGGUGGGAUCCAGCUAUGUGUACUACAAAUACACCAACCAGAACUACUACAACAGCACAACAUGCUGGCUAGUUUACGUAAGACUCUUGGUUGGCUCCAUGCAUGCUUUUCUCCUGCCUGUGGGAACCAUUGUUUUGGCAAAUCUCUUUUCCAUGGUUGUUGUCAUCGUUACACUGAUGAAGACCUCAGUCCCUGACAGCAGCAAGGCUGAUGACAAGGAAACGGCAAAAGGCAUCCUCAAAGUGGUGAUUGUUCUAACACCUGUCUUUGGAGUGACAUGGAUCGUUGGCUUCAUUCAACUCAUCAUGUCUGAUAGCCCCAUGUAUAACGUUAUCACCUACAUUUUCACCAUCCUUAAUACCUUCCAGGGUUUUUUUAUUUUGAUCACAGGGUGUUUUGCAGAGCAGAAGGUCAGAGAGGAACUGUUCAAGCUCAUAACGGGAAAAUCAAAAGGAAAUGACAGCACAAAGAAAUUCACUUCAACUACUUACACAAAAGACCACUAAAGAUGCAGACUGUGAAUCCUGAACUAACAACUCACCUGUCCAACUACCCCUCUACAGGAAAAUACAGUUUGCAUUAAGUUAGUAUGUAGUUGAUUGACAUUUACAGUGGGUAAUUUAAGGAGAUUUAACUAAAUGUUGUUUAUAACCAUCUCGUUAUCUAUCCGGUCUUUAAGUCUGACGUCACUAGCCGUGUCUGGGCUCAAACUCCGCUACAGGUCCCUAAGUCAAACAAUCACUGUGGCAUCACUGAGAGUUGAAAAACUGUCCAAAGUCUUUCAUCUGUAAUAAAAUGAUCAGUGUUCUGCUCUACCAGAUGUAACAAUUGAGUUUAUCAUCCAGGCAUCCAUGAAAACAGAAUUUAUGACAUUUAACGCAGUUAGAAAUUAGCAGGAAGCUAGCUUGCUAGCUUCCAUCUAAAUACAAUAUAGCAUGUCCUGACUGAGGGAUUUUGGAAACAAAUUCAAACGUACAGCUCUGCUAUCACUUCCAACAUAAAUGAAGACAGAAAACUAAACAGCAGUGACGUUUGUAGGGUUACUGAAGUUGGGCUAGCUGGUAUAUAAUGAUGUGCUACGUGACCGCUAGCAACACAGCUAUGUGAGCAUAAUAUAAACACGCUAACCCUUUCUCCACUCAAUAAAAGUUAACGUGAGGAUUCUUGGUGGUCAGGAACAAAUGUAAUCGCAUGGCAGGUUGCUGUAAACGGACCAAACUUCACUCAGGAGAACAACUGAGAUAAUCCAUCCACAAUACGAGGUUAGUCAUUCAUAUACUGCUGCAUGGGCUGGGCUGUAGUUACAUCGUAAGGUUUUAAAAACUGAGCUUAAAUAAAUGAUUAGCGGUAAUAAAAGCCGAGGGAGGUCAACAGUGAUCACUGACUGUUUUUAGGAGCUUUUUGAGAUUAAAUAGAAGAGAAUAUAAAACAUUAAACAUGUUAACAACACAAAAGCCAUAUUAAACGCAGACUGCUUACGCCCAGAAGCAGGAUUCGUCACGUCAUCACCUAAAGACCGGAUAGUUAUAUGUAGUUUUCCUAAGAAGCAAUGGAACCCCUGUCUAGUUAUUAUUUAUGACCCAUUAGAAGUGUAUGACAGUGUCUUUAUCUCCAGAGACCCUGCCUUCCUUAUUUAUUCUCAUUUUGCCAUGUAACUGACAUUUCUUGGCUGUAACACAUAUACAGGACAAUAACAGCAAACAGGACGAAGAAUGCACUUCAGCUGCAUUGACAGACAGUGUAAAACAUGGAGGUACCUGCCAGAUGUAAAAGUGAGGCUUGUCUUAUACUUUUGUUUGCAGUCAUUACUAAAUGACGUCCUUGACAUAAAUGACAACGUGAAUGGUGAGUGUUAGGGUUUCAGUGACUCGUUUCCAGUCAUAGGGAAUAAACCUUUAAGUAAAUCUUGGAAAUCUAGGUCAUUCUUCUUGCCAGAAAAGAGACUUUCCCAUGAUAUCUACAUCAGCACAAGUUUCAUGGUCAGUUCUACCCUUCACUCUUCACAUCAGGUUUCAGAUCACUAAAAUGCCACUCAAAAGAAUUAUCUUGAAGCUAUAAAUGAGAUUUCAGAAACCAGUGGGUAACACUGAACAUCUUUUAUACUGUCUUUGGCUGAAGUAAAUCUGGUAGUGAGUUUGAAAAUUGUGUUUGCUAGCAAUAACCAACAACUGUAGCAUACUAUACCUUUAAACAGAGCAUUGUUGUCAAUGAUUAGUGCUAAGGUUCCGAUGAUAUUUGUACAUGACACAUAGUACUUCUAGCACUAAUUGCCAUUAUUCUUAGCUAAGGUUGGUAGAUUUUGUCAGUUAUCUUCGUAGAUGCAAAAAUCAUUUGUUUUCUUCCAUUCCAAGUAAAAUUAAAGAUAACUAACUGUGUACAUCUUCGACUUAACUGGAUGUUGGAUAUUAAGUACACCAAGAGUGCAAGUGCUGACUGUGCAUAGAACAAAGUAAAUGCUUUAACAAGUCCGGACUUGUUUAAUGGUUGUAUUUAAGAUGAAUUACUGUAUAUUUAAAUUUAUGUUUGGCGUGAACUAUAACCUGUAUACUAUCCCUG